UUUUGCCAGCAGGAGGAAGAAGAGGAGAAGGCGGUGCAGCGGCAGGAGGAGAGUGCUCCUCGCCUAUGUUCGUGCAGCAGCUAAUCUUCAGCGGCAGCGGACUAACCCAAAAUCCGUCUAGCCGCGCGGGGACGCCGCCCUCGCGCGCACUGCCUAGUUCUACUCCCAUUGGGGGGAAUGUCGGAGACGCUAGAGCAGCAUCAGUCGCGAAGCAGACGUAUGCUUCGCCUCAGGAGCAGCAAGCUAGCAGGCCAGUCGCCAAGCAAGGACAAAGAGAAGGAGAAGGACGAGGAAGAGGCCAAGGCCAAGGACAAAUCUUUUGAGAAGGAAGGUGGAAAGGGUAAAGAUAAGGACAAGGCAGAGGAGAACAGAGUGGGCCCGGAGGAAAAGGGUAUUGUGGAGGUUACUGCAAAGAUUGGCUGGCUGUGUGCAAAUGAAGGAAAACCGUUUGAAUGGGCAUAUAUGCUGUCCUUGGCCAGGGCCCUUUCCCGAUCGGAGUCUGCUUCCAAGGAGGCUGCCCGUGCUCUGCGGAAAGAAUUCAAAUACGCGAUGCCGGAUGCCCAAAAGCGUGCGGCUCGCGUGUGGGCGAUCCUGGCGCUCAAUGCUUCCGAUUAUUUCAGGCUCCAGAUCGCCACGAAGCGCUUUCUCGAAGUCGUCGACGACAUCAUCAAGAGCAGCAAGACUCCGCCACCUGUCAAGGGGGGCGUACUGAAUGCGCUGUCAGUGCUUGCGUACGAGUUCCACACCGACAAAGAGUUGUCGUCCAUCACCAAGCUGUAUAACAAGCAUCGCCCGCCAGAUAAGCCGAUCAACGGAGAAGGGCUCAACAUCCAGUCGAAGGAGUUCAAGCCGCCACCGGAUGCGAGCCUGCGCAUCGUCCGCAGGCAAGCGCGACCGCAACAGCCUGUGAUAGCGCAGCAGCAGAUCAUCCCGCGCGAGGUGGACAUACGCAAGCUACACGAGGAGUGCUCCAUUGCGGUGCACAACUCUCAGCUGCUCGUGGACGCCCUGACGGCCGAUCCUUCACAGCCUGAGCUCAUCACCGAAUUUUCGGACAAGCUGCGCCUGUCCCAGGAGUUCUUGCUGGCGCAGAUACCCUGGGCGAGUGCGGAGGCGGAGAAGGCCCGCGACGACGCCGCGCAGGCGCAUGUACAGCAUGUACACGAGGACGCCGAUCCGUCGGCUGGUGAGCGCGUGCUUACGGAUGAAGAGGAGCUGCUAGGCGAUCUGCUCGACGCCAACGAGCACAUGAACAAGGCAAUGAUGCUGCUGCGAACCAAACAUCGGGACCUCGCGCUCGCAGAUCAUGCUGUCAGGUUUACAUUCCACGAGGUGAACUCGCGCUCGGCUCCCCAGUUCUUUCAGAGCCACAACGAGCAGUUGCGCCAGGUUGGUGUGCUGUCCUCGCCGCAGGCGCAGCUACAGCUACAGCAGCAGGAACAGGAGCAAGAGCAGGAGGAGGCGCUGUCGGAUCAACAUGUCGAUUCGGCUCUCUUUGAGGCACUAGUGCAUGAUGAUCGCUAUCGCGAUGCUACGUCACAGCCAAGUCUCACAGGUCAUGACAGGGCAGGAAGUCAGAACUUCUCCUUGCCCUCGGGUUUUUUGGACUUCACAUCUUCUGCUCAAGCACCUGCAACAGUGCCGGCGCUGACGCCGGCAGAAGGGCUCGCGCCUACGCAAUCUGUUGGAGACUCGGUGCAGCCUGUGUACAGCUCCGGAAGCCUCAGUACUUCCCAUGGCUUGCUACCGCUGCAGACGAUGCCGACACCGCAACAACCAUUCCCGGCGGAUCAUCAGCCGUCAGCAAAUGUUGUGGCGGCACGUGCAUCACCUUGGGCCACAGAUACAUUCGUCCCGGGUCAACAGUCACACGAUUACGGCCAGAUCAGAAGUACAUGCAACGAGCAAGGGUAUGCAGACGUCUCUAUCGGAGCAUUGUCCGUUGCGCCUCCAGCCGUCCCAGUCUAUCGAGGAGGGCCUCGUCCGUUCCCCGGCAGCACUCCCUCUGCCAAUCCAGCUCCGUUGACCUCUUCCACAUUACAAAGUCAGGCAGCAUCCCAGUCCCUGGCUGCGCCAUAUGAACUGCAGGCGGUACCGAGUCAAGAGUUGUACCGCGAGCAGCCGCAUAUGAACCCGAUCAUGCAGACCGUGUUGCCAUCAGGCAACACCGGAAUGGAGUUGGGCCACUCACCCGCAUCGCGACCACCGCCGCUACCACCAAUAUCAACAGAUGUGCCUGCUGGUGCGCCAUCCGUCGCCAGUCCCACAGCCUCAGACGAAUCAAGCAUCAUCGAGACACCGCUCUAUCCGAGUGAAAAGGCCCUGGGCAAGCGACGUGCCAUCAGUAUUUGUGCAGACUCGAAUGAUAGCAGGAGUGGAACACAAGAGAAACCUCAACCUCACACACAUCCCCGUCCGCCCCAGCCAUACCCGUACAACGGAGGAUCCGCAGGCAGCGCUGGUGGCGCCCCUCCAGAACCAUUCCGAGACAACGCGUACAUGGACUUCUUGCGUUCACGACCCAUGCCACCUAUAAUCGCAGGUGCAACCCAAACAUGAUCCGCAUUGAUUUAUAUCAAUUAUCAAGGUGCUCUCCAAUUGUGAUGCAGAAGGGGUGACAUGCAGCAUGCUUUCGUACAAAUGCUUUUGA